GCACUCUCAUCAUCAAUGACAUCAUAUGGCUUAAAUCAGAUGAGUCUGAAUUCUUAGCGAGUAUGUUCACUAUGUUGACAGGGCUGCGGAAAUUGCGGGUACUGAAUAUGAGAGUAGCACGUGAGAGGAGUGGAUUUGGUUUUUCAUUCUCAUUCCCAGAUUCUAUUGGUCAGUUGAAGCAUCUGCGUUAUUUUGGUUUCAUGGUUCCAGUACUUCACAAGCUAACUUUACCAGGUGCUUUUACCAAGCUUUACCACAUGCAGGUGGUAGAUUUUGGUCAUUGCAAAUUUUUGGCUUUUUCUAGAGGUGAAGAUAUGAUGAACCUUGUCAACCUGCGCCGUGUAAUCAGCAAGGCAGAUCUUGAUUUUCCGAACGUUGGCAGGCUGACAUGGCUCCAAAUGUUACCAUUCUUCACAAUAAGUAAGAAGCAGGGGUACGAGUCUCACCAGCUGAAAUACCUAAACAAGCUUCAAGGCAAGCUGCAGAUCCACGGUCUUGAGAAUGUUGAGAGCAAGGAGGAGGCUGUUGAAGUAAGUCUUGCUGGCAAGGAAAAACUCACAGAACUGGUACUGGUCUGGGAUGAUAAGAACUGCAGUCCAGAAGUUCAAGCAGAGGUGCUUGAGGGUCUUUGUCCAUCAAAGUAUCUUGAAAGAUUAGAAAUCAGGGGUUACCGUGGUAAGAGGAUACCGAGUUGGAUGAUGGGUACGCAUAACGGCAGCCCGAAGAACCUGCAAGACCUUCACUUCAUCAGAUGCAGCUUGGAUGACUUACCAGGUAAUACGGAGCACCUCACAUCACUCAAGAAUGUGAUCCGGUAUAACUACAGCCAAUCCAAAUUGGCAAAAGAUUGAGCACAUUCCAAGGAAAACAAUUCAAGGUUCUUGUAAAAGGUCCAUAUGGAAGAUAAAGUUGCUGCUAUGUCUGCCAGCUUCGGUGAUGAAGACUGAAUUUAGUCGUUUACUAGGGUGGUAUGUAAUAAUGCAGAAUGAUGAACGCUGGUUUUAAGAACACUAUGGAAUGCAUGAUGAACCCCAAACUGUA